AUGGGUGUUCCUGGAUAUCUUCAAUGGAUCCUUACAAGAAUAUCGGAUACACAGUUCCAUCAUAGCGCCAAAUCUAGUCCUUAUGACAAUCUUUAUAUUGACAUGAACUCUAUCAUAUAUUAUGCUAUUAAUAAAAUAAAUUUUAAAGAUAGAUUACCAAAUCAAGACCUUGUUAAUGAAAUCGUUAUUAAAAUAGAUGAAUUAGUUAAGAUGGCGAGACCAAAGAAAAUAAUUUUAAUCGCAGUCGAUGGAUGUCCUCCAACGGCAAAAAUCUCUCAACAAAGAUCCAGAAGAUAUGCAUAUUCGGCAAAUUAUCAAGACAGUUCAUUUGAUUUAUCAAAUGUUUUCCCAGGCACAGAAUUUAUGAUAAAUUUAAACAAAUUAUUAGAAUCUCAACUCCUUAAUAAGAUCACCAAUGAUGAAAUUUGGAGCAAAGCAAAGCUAUAUUAUAGCGAUGUGUUUUGCCCUGGAGAAGGUGAACACAAAAUUGUUGAUUUUAUUCGCUCAAUAUCUAAUGAUCCUGAAUAUUCACAUUCAGAAUGGUCAUAUAUUUAUACAGUUGACACUGAUGUUAUAUUUCUUGCGCUUUCAAUUCAUAAUCCAAAUUAUUCUUUAAUUUUUGAACCACAAAAUGGAUCACAAUACACAGUUAUACAUAUAGAUAGUAUUAGAGAAUACAUAUUUCAGCAGUUUGAACCAUAUUGCAAACCAGAUUUCGAAAGAAUUAUUGAUGAUUAUGUAUUUUUAUCAUUUUUAUUCAAAAACGAUUUCUUCGCUGGAUUUAAAGAACUAGAAUUUUGCACACAAUCAAAGGACACAAUAAUUACGAAUUAUAGAGCUGCCAGAAAAGCCUUGGGAGGUUUUAUUGUUAAUGGCAAUGAUAUUAAUAUAGAAUUACUCAAGAAAUUUAUUGAAUCAUAUUUAAUUUCAAAUAAAAUAUCAGAAUCAGAUAAAAUUGAUUUUAAAUGCGAUGAUGAACAAAAGAUCGUAGAUGAAACAUUGAGAGUUUUCAUGUGGAUGCAUCAAUACUACAAAUCUGGAUGUCCUGAUUGGACAUUUUCAUAUCAAUAUCCAAAACCACCUCCUAUAACACUUUUUCACAAAUUAGUUCGUGAUAUUCCUUCUAAUUUUGAUAGAAAUAUUCGAAUUCCAACUGCUGUUGAGUUGCUACUUAUAAUACUUCCUAAGUCAAGAUCUUUUGUUUCAAAGUUUCCUGAAUUUUUCCCAGAAAAAUACAAAGUUAUUGGAGAUACAAAGCAUCAAAGAGCUCUUCUUGAUCCGAUAUAUUUCAAAGUUAUACUUGAUGAAUAUUCAAAACUUGGAUUCAAAGAUAUCGAUCUCAAAUGCAAUGAAAUUCACAUGCUUAGAGAAGUCUCAAAUGGAGAAUUCCAUGAAGCAUCAAUUCCUGAACCAAAACCUUUUGAACCAAUUCUUAAUUCAAUCUUCACUAUUAAUAAGAACAAAUCUCCACAUUCCAAAAAGAAACCCAAGAAAUAA